AUGUCCAAGGUAGCAGUAGAUGUUCCUUCAAAGGGUGGGUUCAGUUUCGAUUUGUGUCGGAGGAAUGAAAUGCUAACGAAGAAAGGUCUUCAGCCUCCGUCUUUUCUCAAGACUGGGACUACUAUUGUCGGUCUCAUUUUCCAGGAUGGUGUGAUUCUUGGAGCUGAUACACGUGCUACUGAAGGACCCAUAGUUGCCGAUAAGAAUUGUGAGAAAAUUCACUACAUGGCUCCAAACAUAUAUUGCUGUGGAGCAGGGACUGCUGCUGAUACAGAAGCAGUGACAGGUAUCUUUCCCGACUUUUGUGUUCUCUGUGAAGACAUGGUCAGUUCGCAGCUGCAGCUACACCGCUAUCAUACUGGUCGUGAAUCAAGGGUUGUAACAGCUCUUACACUUCUGAAAUCUCAUCUUUUCAACUACCAAGGUCAUGUCCAAGCUGCAUUGGUGCUCGGUGGAGUUGAUAUCACAGGCCCCCAUUUGCACACUAUCUACCCUCAUGGAUCAACGGACACUUUGCCAUUCGCUACAAUGGGAUCUGGUUCUCUUGCUGCAAUGGCUGUCUUUGAAUCAAAAUACCACGAAGGACUGAAUAGGGAUGAAGGAAUAAAGCUCGUAGCCGAGGCUAUCUGCUCUGGCAUAUUUAAUGACUUGGGAAGUGGAAGCAAUGUGGAUAUCUGUGUUAUUACUAAGGGACACAAGGAGUACCUGAGGAACCACAUGUUGCCAAAUCCUCGAACCUAUGUCAGUUCACAAGGUUACACAUUUUCUAAAAAGACAGAGGUUCUGCUGACAAAGAUCACACCAUUGAAAGAGAUGGUGGAAGUGACUGAAGGAGGAGAGGCAAUGGAAGAAUGAGUUGUGGUUAAACUUUGCUUAGUAACUUUUGUAUGAAUUUUUUUUCACAUCUAUUGCUCUAUGUUUCAUCUUGUACUCAAUAUAAAAAAAUGUUUUAAUUUACAAUCAAUAUUGCCUCGGAUUGUUUUAUUACUUUGUUUUAAGUUGGUCUGGGAUUAUCUUGCGG